GGGUUGGCUGCCAUGGACCAAAGGUGGGAGCCCUUCAGCGCGCGUGCGCAGCGCCUCGAGGCAGUCGAAGGGGAGCGGCGGGGCUUUGUGGCGCAUGCGCAGUGGCGACUCCGGAGGAUCUCUCGCGAGGAAGGACGCCAUUAUCGCAGCCGCCCGACCAAACACCACGAGAAUUCGGCAAGGCAAACGGAUCAGAUUUGCAUGAACUGAUACAUCUCUUCAGGACCAGCGCUGCUGCCUGUUUCUGAAGGAUGACAGAACAGGAUUUAGCUGAGGUGGUUCAAAUUGCUGUUGAGGACUUGAAUCCAGAUCAUCCAGUUGUGUUGGAAAAUCAUGAUGUGACAGAGGAAGAUGUAGACCCACCUAUAAAGCGUCAACGGAUUGAAAUUAAUUGCCAGGAUCCCUCAAUUAAGUCGUUCCUGUAUUCCAUUAAUCAGACAAUAUGCCUGCGAUUGGAUAGUAUUGAAGCAAAGCUGCUAGCCCUAGAAGCUACUUGCAAAUCACUGGAAGAGAAACUGGACCUUGUCAUGAACAAGCAGCAUAGCCCUAUCCAAGUCCCCAUGGUGGCAGGUUCCCCGCUUGGUGCUACACAGACAUGCAACAAAGUGAGAUGUGUCGUCCCUCAGACUACAGUAAUCCUCAACAAUGAUCGCCAGAAUUCGAUUGUAGCCAAGAUGGUAGGACAGGAAGAGCCAUUGACUAGAUCAGCGGAUUCACUGGAAAACAUCCUUAGCACUGCUGUUCCUGGACGGAGGCAGAAUACCAUUGUUGUGAAGGUGCCGGGGCAUGAAGACAGCCAUAAUGAGGAUGGGGAGAGUGGUUCUGAAGCCAGUGACUCGGUUUCCAACAGUGGCCAGUUAGGAAGCCAGAAUAUUGGGAACAAUGUUACCCUUAUUACACUGAAUUCUGAAGAGGAUUAUCCCAGUGGGACGUGGCUGGGAGAUGAAAUCAACCCUGAGAUGCGGGUGCGUUGCCCCAUCACGCCAGCAGACAUGCUGCACAUUAGCACCAACUGCCGCACUGCUGAGAAGAUGGCGCUGACGCUGCUUGAUUACCUCUUUCACCGGGAAAUCCAGGCCAUCUCCAACCUUUCGGGGCAGGGGAAGCAUGGGAAGAAACAACUAGAUCCUCUCAUGAUUUACGGCAUCCGUUGUCACCUUUUCUAUAAGUUUGGAAUCACAGAGUCUGACUGGUACCGGAUCAAGCAGAGCAUAGAUUCCAAGUGCCGGACAGCUUGGCGGCGAAAGCAGCGAGGCCAGAGUCUGGCGGUGAAAAGCUUUUCAAGACGGACACCUUCCUCAUCCUCUUAUAGCGGCUCAGAGAGUGCUCAGAGUACCACAUCGGCACCAAAUGAAAUUCAGGCCAACCAGCCACAAGCGCUUCACUACGCCCUGGCCAAUGCCCAGCAAGUCCAGAUCCACCAGAUAGGAGAAGAUGGCCAAGUCCAAGUAGUAUGUAAGGGUCACCUCCACAUAGCCCAGGUGCCACAAGGAGAGCAGGUCCAGAUCACGCAAGACAGCGAGGGUAACUUGCAGAUACAUCAGGUUCACGUCGGACAAGAUGGCCAGGUGCUGCCGGGCGCUCGAUUGAUUGCUGUUGCCUCACCAGCUGAUCCUGCAGCUGGUGGCGUUGAUGGAUCUCCACUCCAAGGGAGUGAUAUCCAAGUCCAGUAUGUCCAGCUGGCACCUGUGACGGACCACUCAGCUGCUAAUCAAAGCACAGAUUCUCUUCAGUCAGCCAUCCAGCCGGAAAUGCAGAUAGACCACGGAGGCAUUCAGAUUCAGUGAAAUGGAGCCAGUGAGAAGCAGAAGCACCACCACCACCACCACCAAACUCCACUCCAGCCACCUUGUCUGGCAGCUGAAGAUCUUCUCAGCUUGGAGGAUAUUCUCCCUACCCUCUCCUGUACAUAAGAGUGUGAGCCAGCUCCAUUGAACUGAUUGUUUGGAACCCCCUCCCACAGGUCCUCAUAUGAAGGAGCUCCCUAGAAUCUGAUGUGCGGAUGAAGAGAACUGCCAUCGUUUUCACUCCAGUGCAAAAGACUCCUAAUGGACGUGGUUUAGCCAUACCUGAAAGAAAAAGAUGUUUUUGCAGAAGAUGAAAGCUAGCUAACCUUAAUUAAUCAAAAGAUUACAAGUGAAUUGAUAUGCCACCUUUCAUCUCCGUGACUCAUCCUUGUAAACGUCUCUAGAUACCUUAUCAGACUCUUGCCUGUCUUGCAGUACAUACCUUACCACACAGAAAGAAUCAAGAGUGCAAAUAUAUUUUGCUGUUGAAAGAAGAAUUUUUUAAUUUGCUAUGUUUAUAACGAGAGAGAGAGAGAGAGAGAGAUGGAUGUAUUUAAGAAAGAAAAUGGGGGGAAGCCCAUUAUCACAAUUGUUAGCUUUUUUGCUGCUGUUUUUUCUGUUUUGUUUCAGUGUAACCGAAAUUAAUUUUUUUAAAAAGGAAAAGAACAAAUUUCCAUACACAUACAACCCUUGCCUUUUUUGUUGAUAUUGUUGCUUAACUACUUUUCUAAAGAGGGGUUAACUACUAUCCAACACUUGUAAUUAUGCAUUUCUAAAUAAAUAAAUGUGUAUUUAUGAA